CAGCGGCACGUGUCAUGGCGAGUGUGUUGUUAUAAACGAAAGUCGUAUACUGUUAGUCGUAGAUAGAAUUGAAAGCUAUCAAUUACAAUAUUCAAAAUGAAGGAAGAAACAGUGUUAAGUUUAAAGUGGCACAGUUUUCCAUCGCAUUUGGCGGUUUCUCUCGAUACAUGUUAUGAGAAGCAACAGUUUGUAGAUCUUUCUUUAGUAUGCAAAGAUGGGACGAUUAUAAAAUGUCAUAAAAUGGUAUUAGCUAAUUCGAGCUCAUUUUUUCGUCGUUUAUUAGUUGCCAACGAUCAUCCUCAUCCUAUGAUUAUUCUUCACGAUAUUGAAGCAGACGAUCUCAAGACUAUCGUCAAUUUUAUGUAUUGCGGUGAAAUACAAGUGGUUCAAAGUGAGGUUAGAAGGUUGUUAAAGUUGGCCGAAAUUUUGGAAGUCACUGGAUUACGACAUAUUAAAACUUCCGUUUUGGUAGGAGAAUCAAAUAACGCAUCUCAUGAUACGUCCAGGAAAACAACUACGGUAUCUCGUUUAAAAAUCGAAGAAACAAAGAGUCUACCUACCAAAACAGUACCUGAGCAUGAUUCUAAUAUUAGAUCACAAACUAAAACUAACAAUCAAACAAAAUUUACUUCAUCUACUCACCUUCAUAAAAGUGGAAACAAAGUUCCACUAGAGGUCACUAAGAAAAAUGAAGAGGCUAAUAUUAAUUUAUUAAGUCAAUGUUUAGACACAGGAAAAUCUGGAAUCAGUAUUGUAGACAUUAAUGAUAUGCCAAGUACUAGUAGAGGAAUUUCCAAUCCACCACCUCAAAAAAGAAAAGAAUCCUCUGAAUCUGUUAUUAGUUGGCCUCGUGUUUUAUCUGCUAUAUCAAAGGAUAAAUCUUUACCUUUGAAAAAAUUAUGUAUUAUGGAUGAAGUUGAAAUUACAGCUGGAAAGCCAUCUACAGCUAAUCAAGAGUUUCAGAGGAAUGAACCUUUAGACAGAAGAAAACAAAGGACUAAUUCGGAAAGCAAUGAAUCCAUGAAGUGUGCAGUUUACAUAAAAGACGAAGUGGACAUAUUUGAAAUGGAAGAAGAUGCAGAUAUGGAUCCUCUUGAAGUUGAAGAGAUAGAAAAUGAAAGUUCAGAUACUAUUAUGGGUUCUUCUCAAAUUUUUCCUGUCACAAAUGUUGAACAAACAUAUUAUAAUGCAGGAACACUUUCGGAAUAUCCUCCAAGAAAAGGAUCUAAUGGUUAAUACAUAAAACACUGUGUUUUAAAAUUGAAAUUAUUGAUAUAUAUUGCUUUGAAUAUAACACUUAGACUGAAUAAAACUUUUUGUGAUUAUAAAUCUUUUUUAACCAAAAAAGCUGCAAAAUUUCAAUAUAUAUAAAUUAACCAUAAUUCACUAUCAUACUUGUUACUUUCUUACAUGAUCUUGUUCAUUUUAUAAUAAACCAAUU